AUGUCCUCUCUCCCCACAACCCAAAAGGCCGUGGCCCUCCCCGCCAAGCGCACACCUCUCAUCCAAAUCUCCUCCCCCGUCGUGCCCCCGGCCGCUGGUCAGAUCCUAGUCAAAGUCCACUGGACGGCCUCGACACCCCUCGACCUCCACAGAGCCGACGGCGGCCUGCUCAUCCCCUCCUACCCCAGCCUAAUGGGCAACGGCGGCGCGGCCGGGGAAGUCGUCCAGGUCGGCCCGUCCGGCGACCUCAAGGGCCUAAAAGUCGGCGACAAGGUCAUGGUCUUCGCAUUCCACGGCGGGUCAGAGGCGAACCACCAGGAGUACAUCACCAUCCCCGCGUACCUCGCGUCCAAGAUCCCGAAGUCCCUGAGCAUGGAGCAGGCCGUCACCAUCCCCGUCAACCUCGUGACGGCGUUCCACACCAUCACUAAGGACCUCGACCUCGAGAUACCCUGGCCGAUCCCGCAGGGCGGGUGGAAGCCUGCUGCUGCAGACGAGCCCAUCCUCGUCUGGGGCGGGAGCAGCAGUGUUGGCAUUUUUGCUAUUCAAGUCCUCCGCCACUGGGGGUACACCAACAUCCUCGUCACGGCUAGCAGCAGACACCACGAGUACCUGAAGAGCAUCGGGGCCACCGCCGUGUGGGACUACACGAAGCCCGGCGUCGAGGCGGCGAUCCUCGACCACGUCAAGGGACGGGAGCAGCCUCAGAUCCCCAGCAUCAUCGACUGCAUCGGCUCCGUCAAGGGGACUCUGGAGCCCCUGAGCAAGAUUGCGCAGAAGGGAACCAAGGUGGCCAUCAUGCUGCCCGUCAUCAUCAAGGACGCCACCGAGGAUCAGGAGCCAGAGUACGAGAUGGACGUGUCCAAGGUCCUUGUCGGCCAGUGGGCUGAGGGUGUUAUCCCUCGGGGUGUCCGCACCCAUUUCUACCUCCAAAACGAAUUCUUCAAGGAACAUCUCCAGCCUGAGAUCAUCCCGGCCCUAGUCGAGCAGGGCGUGGUCCGCCCAAACAACUACCGAGUUGUGGAGGGCAAGGACCUGGUCGAGAGGGCCCAGAAUGCGCUCGACCUGCUGAGAGCGCGGGCCGUCAGUGGCGAGCGAUUGAUUUUCCGGAUAGCUGAGGAGGGAAAUUAG